AUGAAGCAGUACGGGAAUGUAUAUCUCAUUGCGGCCAUCUCCAUCAUCGGAGGUGGCCUUUUCGGCUUCGAUAUCUCGUCCAUGUCAGCCAUUAUCGCUACACGACCGUAUCUGUGCUACUUCAACCAAGGACCGAAUGGACCGGGCUUCAACGAUUCAGACACGUGCUCGGGCCCGAGGACAAGUGUUCAGGGCGGCAUCACGGCUUCGAUGGCCGGUGGCUCGUGGCUUGCAAGUCUCUUCAGUGGCAUGAUUUCUGAUCGUUUAGGAAGAAAAUCUGCCAUCCAAAUCGGUGCCGUCAUCUGGAUUAUUGGCUGCAUCAUCGUUUCCGCCGCCCAGAACAUCCCCAUGCUGAUCGUCGGACGUAUCAUCAAUGGCUUCUGCGUGGGAAUCUGCUCCGCUCAAGUCCCCGUCUACAUCACCGAGAUUGCACCACCCACGAAACGCGGUCGUUUAGUCGGCGCGCAACAAUGGGCCAUCACCUGGGGCAUCAUGAUCAUGUUCUACAUUUCCUACGGAUGUUCCUUCAUCAACGGUAACGCCGCUUUCCGAGUUCCCUGGGCACUCCAAAUGAUCCCCGCCAUCAUUCUCUUCUUCGGCAUGAUUGUCCUCCCCGAGUCUCCGCGCUGGCUCGCCUCCAAGGAUCGUUGGGAGGAAUGUGAGCAAGUCCUUAUUCUCACGCACGGGAAAGGUGAUCCUCACAGUCCGUGGGUGGCUCGCGAGUUUCAGGAGAUUAGAGAGUGGAUCGAUAUUGAACGCGCCAGUGCCCAGGUGCGAUAUAUCGAUCUCUUCUCGGCCAAAUAUAUUAAUCGGACGCAUAUUGGAUUGUUCACGCAAAUCUGGAGUCAACUGACGGGAAUGAAUGUUAUGAUGUACUACAUUACCUACGUCUUUGCCAUGGCCGGUCUCACGGGAAAUACCUUAUUGGUAUCCUCUUCCAUUCAAUAUGUCAUCAACGUCGUCAUGACCAUCCCCGGUCUAAUCUGGAUCGAUCGCGUCGGCCGUCGACCCAUCCUCUUACUCGGAUCCACUCUAAUGGCGACCUGGCUGUUUGCCAACGCAGGAAUUCUCGCCGUCUACGGCACCGACCCGGGCCCCAACGGUGUCGGAGGUAUCAAAGAAGCUUCUGUGCAAGUUUCUGGCGCAGCUUCCAAAGCUAUCAUUGCUUGUUCAUACUUGUUCGUCGCCUCCUACGCACCCACCUGGGGCCCCGUCUCCUGGAUCUAUCCUCCCGAAUUAUAUCCCAACCAUCUCCGCGGCAAAGCCGUCGCACUCGCCACCUCUGGAAACUGGGCCUUCAAUUUCGCCCUCGGUUACUUCGUCCCCCCCGCCUUCGUAACCAUCAAAUGGAAAACCUAUCUCGUCUUCGCCUGUUUCUGCCUCGCCAUGACCGUACACGUAUUUUUCCUGUUUCCGGAAACUGCGGGGAAACCUUUGGAGGAGGUGACGGAGAUGUUUGAGUCUUAUGAGACAAAUAAAAAUGAGAGUGAGAUGCAAAGAAAAGGGGGGAUUAAAUAUGUGGGAAUUCCGGCUUGGAGAACUAAAUCGGAGUUUGGGAGGCAGAUGAGGAGGGAGAGGGGGGAGGUGGAGGUUGAGGAGGAAUUGGGGGGUGGGGAGAAGGGGGAGUUGGAGAGGAGGGAGGUUGUGAGGUUUGGGGGGAAGGAGGGGGAGGUGUGAGUGAGUGAGAGAAGAG